GGCGGCGGCGGCGGCCCGGCGGGCGGAGCGGCGCGGGCAUGGCCGCGCGCGGCCGGCGCGCCUGGCUCAGCGUACUGCUGGGGCUCGUGCUGGGCUUCAUGCUGGCCUCAAGGCUCGUCCUGCCCCGCGCCUCUGAGCUGAAGCGAGCGGGCCCGCGGCGCCGCGCCAGCCCCGAGGGCUGCCGGCCAGGGCAGGCGGCGGCCGCUUCCCAGGCUGGCGGGGCGCGCGGCGAUGCGCGCGGGGCGCAGCUCUGGCCGCACGGCCCGGCCUCGGAUGGUGGUCCGCGCGACAGGAACUUUCUCUUCGUGGGAGUCAUGACCGCCCAGAAAUACCUGCAGACCCGCGCCGUGGCCGCCUACAGAACAUGGUCCAAGACAAUUCCUGGGAAAGUCGAAUUCUUCUCUAGUGAGGGUUCAGACACCUCAAUACCAAUUCCGAUAGUGCCGCUACGGGGCGUGGACGACUCCUACCCACCCCAGAAGAAGUCUUUCAUGAUGCUCAAGUACAUGCAUGACCACUACCUGGACAAGUAUGAAUGGUUUAUGAGAGCAGAUGAUGACGUAUAUAUCAAAGGAGACCGUCUGGAGAAUUUUCUGAGGAGUUUGAAUAGCAGUGAGCCCCUCUUUCUCGGGCAGACAGGACUGGGCACCACGGAAGAGAUGGGGAAGCUGGCCCUGGAACCCGGUGAGAACUUCUGCAUGGGGGGGCCCGGUGUGAUCAUGAGCCGGGAGGUUCUCCGGAGAAUGGUACCACACAUUGGAAAGUGUCUCCGGGAAAUGUACACAACUCACGAGGACGUGGAGGUGGGAAGAUGUGUCCGGAGGUUUGCCGGGGUGCAGUGUGUCUGGUCUUAUGAGAUGCAGCAGCUUUUUUAUGAGAAUUACGAACAGAACAAAAAGGGGUACAUUAGAGAUCUCCAUAACAGUAAAAUUCACCGAGCCAUCACCCUGCACCCCAACAAAAACCCCCCCUACCAGUACCGGCUCCAUAGUUACAUGCUCAGUCGCAAGAUAGCCGAGCUUCGCCACCGCACCAUCCAGCUCCACCGAGAGAUCGUCCUGAUGGGCAAGUACAGCAACACCGAGAUCCACAAAGAAGACCUCCAGCUGGGGAUCCCGCCUUCCUUCAUGAGGUUCCAGCCGCGCCAGCGGGAGGAGAUCCUGGAAUGGGAGUUUCUGACUGGGAAGUACUUGUACUCUGCCGCUGAGGGCCAGCCGCCUCGGAGAGGGAUGGACUCCGCUCAGAGGGAGGCCCUGGAUGACAUUGUCAUGCAGGUCAUGGAGAUGAUCAAUGCCAACGCCAAGACCAGGGGCCGCAUUAUCGACUUCAAGGAGAUACAGUAUGGCUACCGCCGGGUGAACCCCAUGUACGGGGCCGAGUACAUCCUGGACCUGCUGCUUCUGUACAAAAAGCACAAAGGGAAGAAAAUGACUGUCCCCGUGCGGCGACACGCGUAUUUACAGCAGACCUUCAGCAAGAUCCAGUUUGUGGAGCAUGAGGAACUGGACGCAAAGGAGUUGGCCAACAAAAUCAAUCAGGAAUCCGGAUCCUUGUCCUUUCUCUCAAAUUCCCUGAAGAAACUUGUUCCCUUUCAGCUCCCCGGGUCAAAGAAUGAGCACAAAGAACCCAAAGAGAAAAAGAUAAAUAUAUUGAUUCCGUUGUCUGGGCGUUUUGACAUGUUUGUGAGAUUCAUGGGAAACUUCGAGAAGACGUGUCUCAUUCCCAAUCAGAACGUGAAGCUCGUGGUUCUGCUUUUCAAUUCUGACUCUAACCCCGACAAGGCCAAACAAGUUGAGCUCAUGAGAGAUUAUCGCAGUAAGUACCCUAAAGCUGACAUGCAGAUUUUGCCUGUGUCUGGAGAGUUUUCAAGAGCUCUGGCCCUCGAAGUGGGAUCUUCCCAGUUCAGUAACGAGUCUCUGCUCUUCUUUUGUGAUGUUGACCUCGUGUUUACUACAGAAUUCCUUCAACGGUGUCGAGCAAAUACAGUUCUGGGCCAACAGAUAUAUUUUCCAAUCAUCUUUAGCCAGUAUGAUCCAAAGAUUGUUUAUAGUGGGAAAGUCCCUAGUGAUAACCAUUUUGCCUUCACGCAGAAAACUGGCUUCUGGAGAAACUAUGGGUUCGGCAUUACUUGCAUUUACAAGGGAGAUCUUGUCCGAGUAGGUGGCUUUGAUGUUUCCAUCCAGGGCUGGGGGCUCGAGGAUGUGGACCUUUUCAACAAGGUUGUCCAGGCAGGCUUGAAGACAUUUAGGAGCCAAGAAGUGGGAGUAGUCCAUGUGCACCACCCUGUCUUUUGUGAUCCCAAUCUCGAUCCUAAACAGUACAAAAUGUGCUUGGGGUCCAAAGCAUCCACAUAUGGGUCCACACAGCAGCUGGCUGAAAUGUGGCUGGAAAAAAACGACCCAAGUUACAGUAAAAACAGCAAUAACAAUGGCUCAGUGAGGACAGCCUAAGGUCCAGCUUUGCUGGAAGAGACGUUUUUAAUUAUCUAAUUUAUUUUUCAAAAAUUUUUUGUAUGAUCAGUUUUCGAAGCCCAUACAAGGAUAUAUUUUACACAUGAUUUUCUUACAAAGGACUCCUUGAUGAUUGAGCUUUUUGAACAAAAAUGUGAUCAUGUUUGCUUUUGAACACAUUUUCUUGCUGAACGUUAUGUAGCAGGCCUGCUUGAUGAUGACUUGAAAUGUACCUGAUGAACAGAACUUUCUUGUUUUGUUUUGUUACGUUUCUUUUCAGACCCCUUUGCUGCGGUCCUAUGGUAGAAAACAUGAACAUUCCUGCAAAGUAUUAUUGUAAGAAAACACUGUAACUCUGGUAAAUGUUUUGUUGUAACUGGUAACAUUGCACAGAUUCGACUUUUUUGUCUUUUUUUUUUUAUGGCGAUUUUUUUUUAAGCCAUUUCGUGUUCUAGUUGUAAAAUAAGGAAAUGUGAUAAUAGCCGUAUCAUCGUCGUCGGGAGAGCUUUCCAAAGGUGAUUCUUUCCCCCAAACUUGUGCUCCUUGUGGUCAUGUAGUCGUUUUAAAAGCAAGGGGAGAAAGAAGGCGUUGUAAGAUGAAUGGCUGCCAUUGUUGCAAUGCGUGUGGCAUAAUGGACCUGGCGUUAAAUUCCAAGAAGGAUUUGGGUUUUUUUUUUCUCCUCUUCCUGACCCUUCUCUUUAAAGGGUAAACUAUUAAUAUUUGGAAUGGCAAGAAAGAAUUAUUGUAAUAAAUCUAAUGUACACAAGCUAAAACAGAAACCCGCCCUAAUGAAAGCAUUGGGGGAAAAUGUAUUUUGGUUUUGUUCAUUGUGUCUUUGUUACAUCGGUGGAAAUGGUUGUUUCAUUCUUUAAUUACUGUUUUGUUUUAUUCUUUGUAUCUGAAAUACCUUUAAUUUAUUUAAUAUCCAUUGUUUAGAACUCUGCCAUUUCUCAAGUACCUGUUUAGUUAUUAGUAUUUAUGUGUUAUCAGGAGUGUGUUUAGUGUUAUUUUAUUUGCAGUAAACUGAUCUCCAAAGAUUUACUUUUUGAAAACGCUUUUCCCUCCUCAAUUUUUACAUUCCUUACUGUUUUACUAAAUAUUAAGUGUUCUUUGACAAUUUUGGUGCUCAUGUGUUUUGGGGACAAAAGUGAAAUCUGUCAUUACACCAGAAAGUUCGUUUGUUUUAAAAACUCACAGAUCAAAUGUGCCUUAAUAAAUUUUCUUUUUCAUUUAGAUUUCAAACAGUAAUAGACUUGCCAUUUUAAUAUACAUCGUUGGAGAUCUGCUUCUUUGUAAAUAGUCUGUUGCUCAUUCGGGAAAAUAAACCAGUCAACAGUAUUUUUCUAUUGUA